UGAUGUUUUUCAGUUCAUCAUUGUGUGCAUGUCUCAUUUGUCCAAAACUGCAAGGAAACUAUGAGAGCUCGGACCAAAAUCAUCAUGCUCGGCAUCUUUGUAUUUGGAAAUGUCAUGAUUUUAGCCUGCAUUCUACAGAACUUGGUAUUUUCAUCAGAACCACUUAUGUACCAGAAGUGCCAAAUGAUGAAAACCUUUCACCAGUCCACUGGUUUAAAAACAUACAAUUUGAAAGUCGCAGAAAAUGAUGUCAUAUAUAGGAAACUUAUUGUCGCAGAUGAUGUCAUAUACAGAAAACUUGUUUCUGAUGAGCCACCAUUUCACUUGAUGAGUUUUAACUCUAGCACCAGUGCAAAGAAAAGCGGGUAUGUCAUCAUUUCAUCAAACACUUAUAUGACUGGAGACACUCUUAAUAUAUAUGUGCAAACAUACGAUCAGCUUGGUAGUCUGAACACAUUCUAUGGAGAUUUCUUCCGGGCUCGAAUAUUUAACAAUCACUUAAAUGCAAGUGUGAGUGGGAUAGUUACUGACUUUAAAAAUGGAAGUUAUAUAAUAUCCUUUCCUCUAUUAUGGCCAGGAGCGGUUGUGAUCUCUGUCAAGUUGAUGCACUCUGGUCAGGCUGUGGCGUUUAUACGGCAAGGCAGAGAACUGUAUCCCCAUAAAAUAUCAUUCAAAGGAAUAUUCCAGUCAAAUGGAAAAGAAGAAAUCACUGAUUGUCAUUUUAACUUAUCGUAUUAUGGUCCUUUAUGUGACUUAUCUAAUGAAAAGGCAGGUGUUACUUGGUUCUGUGAGAAACCGAAAUCCUUACAGUGUGACAAUCUUAAGUUCUUCUACUCGUACAAUAAAAUAAACUACAAAUUAAGCAAGGAAGAGGAGAACAUUCUUGACAGCAAGCUCUUUGGAGAAGAGAUCACACCACUGGAAAGGUCAUCGAUUACUGUACAGUCAAAAAAAGACUUCAAGAUUACAGCUUCUCCAUGUAUUCCAAAGCCAUAUAUGCCCCAAAACAUCACAGGAUUUGUUUUAAAUAAUACAUGGACUUCUCUGCAGUGCCGAGCUCAGAAUUUUGCAACUCCACAAAUGGCAGCUAAGUGCUUAAGGGGUAAAAAGGUGUAUUUUUUGGGAGAUUCCACAACUCGUCAGUGGUGGGAAUACCUGAUUUCAUUCAUUCCAUCACUGAAGGCAUUUAAUUUUAUGGGUAAACAGAAGAACUUUGAGCAUCUGGCAACUGACAUCACUAACAACAUCUACCUUCGGUGGACUGCUCAUGGUGCACCAUUCACAAGCACCAGCAAAUACCCGUAUACAAACCUGCACCCUGUGAGCCAGGAGAUAGAUUUUCUAAAUGGUGGAAAGGACUAUGUCGUUGUCAUUGGAUUAGGGGCUCAUUUUACAGCAUUUCCAUUACAAAUUUUCAUCCAGAGACUGCUAAGUAUUCGCUCUGCAUUAGAGAGACUCAUUGCCAGAAAUCCUGAUACCGUGAUCAUUUUGAAAAAUGUAAACACCAGAGAUAUAAACAGCUUUGUAAUGGCAAACAGUGAUUGGCUGUCCUUUGAGUUUAACAGAGCAAUUAAUGAAGUUUUCCAGGGUAUGAAAGUUGUACUAAUUAAUGCCUGGGAUAUCACUGUCGCAUUUGAUUCAUUUAGAAUCCACCCACUACCUUCAGUAAUAAAGAGUGAGGUAGAUCUUUUUCUGUCGUACGUGUGUCCCAGACAAUGAUCUAUGGUAGGCAUUUGCCUGGUUACCUUUUAAAUACAUAGCGGUUAUUUUUAUAAAUUUGGUAACAAUGAGAUUUGGGACUUAUCCCACUGCCUGAAGUUAGAUAUUGCAGAAUGAACGACAUUUGAUGCUAAGUCCCUGGCCAUUUUUAAGUGCCAGUAAGAAAUUAAGACCUAAGAAUGCAAAAAUGCAAGAUCUAUUGGUAAAAUUCUGUGAGGUGUAAUAGGAAUAACCUAUAUAUUGGGGAAAGGUAAUAUUUUCCUAGCCUAAGUGUGAAAUGUUUGAAGUUACCGAGAACUUCCUGGUUGAAUUUUUGAUUCCUUGAUCUAUAGCUAUUGUCUACAGAGAUGCCUGACCACUAACCACUAGAAACACUCAAUGUAAAAGGCAGUAUGACUACUACAGUUGAGCUUUCUAACUUUCUAUGUUCAUACUAUGAGGCAAAAUAAGGGAAAGAAAAAAGUUUGAUACAAUUUUAUGUGGAGUUUUUUUUUUCCUAGAGCUAUAGUCUUACUAAAUCAAACAUUUGAACCCAUUGAGUUUCCUUCCAUGUAUCACUUCUGUUAAGUACUUCAUCGGUGAUUAUCUCCUCUAUCUGUAUCAUUGAAGGUAACAGCUGUUUGGUUUCUUGAUAUAUGGUAACAGAACUGAGGAGGACAGCUACCUAAGAUGUUCUUUAAGGAGACUCUAUCUACAAUUAAUUUCUGUUCCAUAAGGAGAUAUUGGAUGCUAUCUCUGCAGAUAAGGUCUGUUUUGAUAAGUCACAGAAGCACUCUGCACAAAUGUGAAAAUAUGGCAAGAAGACAUGAAGAAAUCCAGUCUUUGAAUAUGUAUAAACAUUCUGUUUCUGUAAUGGAUUGCUUUCAUUUCUCUGACAUCUAGUUGUGGGGAUCUGAGAAUAAAUUCCCUUCUAUCUCGAAGAGAGGUUUGGUAUGUCUUAAGGAUAAGACAUCAUAAGCUAUGUCAAGAUGUUAUUCAUCGACUUCAGUUCCCCCUUUAAUACUGUCAUCCCCCAGAACCUAAUGAUGAAAUUAAUCCAACUGAGCAUCAACACCCCCCUUGUGCUAUUGGAUUCUAGGCUCUCUCACAGACAGACACCAAAAGGCAUUUGGGAAAUAAUAGCUCUAAAAGCCUAACUCUGAACAGGGGUGUACCACAGGGCUGUGUCCUGAGUCCUCUACUAUUCACCUUGCUUACACAUGCCCAUGUAGCCGGGUAUGAAUCCAACAGAAUUAUCAAGUUUGCAGACGACACCACAGUCAUAGGUCUUGUCAGGAAUGGCAUGGAAACUGCAUAUAGGAGUGAAGUGGAACAUCUGCUAGGCUGGUGUGACAGCAACAAUCUGCCAGUGAACAUCAACAAGACCAAGGAGCUGACUGUGGACUUUAGGAGGUCUCAGGGAGCACAUCAACCUCUGGAAAAUCAGGAGGGCAGCAGUAGAAAGAGCCCAAAGCACUAAGUUCCUGGGUACACGUGACAGAGGUCUGUGCACACCCACCACUGUCCUAAAAAGCGCAGCAACUUUUGCACUUCCUACAGAAACUUAGGAGAGCAAACCUGUCACAGUCCAUCUUCUAAGCCUUCUAUAGGAGAACCAUCGAGAACAUACUGACAAACAACAUCAUUGUAUGGUACGGGAACUGAAAUGCCUCAGACCGCAAGGCUGUCCGGAGAGUAGUAACAGCAGUGGAAAGAAUCAUUCUCUCCACUGGCAUCCUUGGAUGACCUACAUGAAUUUUGAUGUAUUGGAAGAGCUAGAAAGAUAAUAACUGACCAUACUCACCCUGUUUGUAGUAUGUUCUCCCACCUUUCCUCAGGUGUACGUUACCAUACCAUACACUGUAAGACUUCCAGACUCAGUAGAAGCUUUUUUCCCCCCUUAUCCAUCAGAUUUCUGAAGUCUAACAACAGGCAUGCCAGAAGCCAUUCUGCCGUUUCAAACAAUUAACUGAAUAUUCUCAUGACUAAUCCAGUAAAUGACAUACUCUCAUGUCCAUUUAUUCUAAGAUCCCUACUACUAGAAACAUACUUUAGUGCAAUAUCCAAAUCUUCAUCUGUCCUGAAAUUUGAAUGUGCAAUACUCUAUGCAAUAUCUUUGCUUCACAGGUACCUGUUAAUGUGAAAAUUCAAGUUUGUGCAGUAUCUACUUGUGCAAUACCCUAAAUGAACCUUUUUAUACAUGUAAUGUAUGCAAGUCUCUGUCCUAGUAUUACUAAAUAGUAUAUGUAUGUAUGUAUGUAUGUUUCUUGCACUGGGAACAAAGCAACAUAAUUUUGUUUAGGUGCACUAUGUGAAGAUGUAAAUGACAGUAAAGUUUACUUUGACAUUGACUUUGAUAAGAUAGCCGUUCCAAUACAACUUUAACAUUGUAGCCACAAUCUAGUCAUUUUAAUUCUGUAGCAAGACUUAAGAAGAGCACUCAGCAUAGAAUAUUUGUGCCAAUAAAAUAGGCAAAAAAGUUCUAAUAAUGGAGAGAAUGCACCAAGGAAGACUCAGGAAAUGGAGGAAUUAUGGGGGAAGCCUACAAUGUGUCACCUUGUCCCCAAUAAGUUAAAUUAAGGAAAUAAAUACGUUUGUUUGUCUGAUGAGGAUGAAGGAGCCAUGAUCAUGUUACCACUGUGUCCAAUGACGUUAUGGGAUCUAUGUGCCUCUUAAUGUAUGUGGGUAAGGCCUCCAACAAUUUGUAAAUGCUAGGAAAAACAUUGACAUGAGUGGGAAGGAAGGAAUAAAUGGAUAUGUGGUGGCAGCCGGAGUCUGUAUGUUUUUCUUGUGUCCAUGAAUUUAUGAACGGAAUUAUUUUAAACCUGUACCAGAGGUGGGGUAUUACUUGACCUGGGAGUUUCCUGAAUCCAAGCAGUGGUCAGUCUGUGUGUCUGAGUGAUCUUGUUGCGAUGGACUGGUACUUUGGGAUGUUACUCUUUAUCUAGUGUUCUCUGUUUUGGGAUCUUUAUGAGGCUGUUUGUGUGCAGUGUCCUGUUGACCAGUUUAAAUCAUUAUGUGGAUGUUGUUAUUGUUAAUGUUAGGUAAUAAAACUCCUUUUAUAAAA